AUGACUGAUAAAAGUUAUGGCGCUGUCUUUUCGGCCGUAUCACGAAUUCGAGAGAGGGUGUCGGCUUGUGAAGACCCACAGUUGAUAUCAGCCUACAAUAAUCUCUCUGCCAGUCUGAGAGAUCUUGAAGACGAUCUCGGCGAGGAGAGGGAGGCGAGAGAUGGGUUGGCUGAAGCACACGCAAAGUCGGCGGCUGCUUCGUAUAAAGGGUGGAGAUUGACAAGAGCGGGGCUGGAUGUUGAGAGGGGUACGCAGUCUCUGGAUGAUGCGCGUUCGUAUGCGAAGCUAUACAAGGACGAUCUUUCCUCUUCCAGAGCAUCAUCGCGGCAGCAAGCACCAUGGGAAGAGCUCCUCCUAAGCGUCAACAACCAAUCAACCUCCAACAUCAUCCGCCAAGCAUAUCGAUCAGCCAACCCGGAUGAUGACGAGACAACGCCAGCUUCCAGAUGGGUCGACGCCGGGGUCGACUCGGCGUCCCUCGUUUCUCUCAAGGGUGCUUAG